AUGUCUUUGUCAUUACAUUCGUUCGCAUCGGUUUCUCAUCUUUUAGAGCAGCAGUCAGAGAGUGCUAGUGACAACUUCCUUCAAGUCUGGAGGAAUUGUGUGAAGACUGGAGCAACCAACGCCAGAAAUCCAAGUUGUCUGUCCUUGCUGUCCGAAUCCGAAGCUGAGACGUUGUCUCAUCUCGGAAGGCCUCUCACAUAUCAACGAGGACAUGUGCUCUUCCGACAUGAUCAAGAUAGCACGUACAUCGGUGUCGUCAUUGCAGGCAGAUUUCGGGUGUCUCAUACACAACCGCAACUCAGGAAUGUUGUUCCUGAUUUUCUAGAAAUGGGAGACACGGUGGGAGAGUAUACAUUUGCACUUGAUGGACAGAUUGCUGGUGGAAAGCGAGAAGCGACUGUUGUCGCAGAGGUCGACGAGAGCUGCGUCUUUGCCAUCGACUACAAGAAGUUUGCCACGUACAUCGAUGAUUUGCCUCGCCCAAGGAACGAAUCCUUACGAGCCGAGAUUGCGCUUUUGCUCAUCCCGCAUCUCUACCCCGAAAUGAAGAGACAGCACUUUCGGAGGACGAGGUCUUCUGUCUCUGACAUCUCCUCGUCGCUGGUGUCUACCCCUGGGCGAUCCGGAAACAGGUCAAGAGUUUCUCCCGUCACGAUCUUGAACUUAGACUCGGUAGCGGAGUGCUCCUGGAUAGGCAAGAGGAAGCACCAGGAAGCUUCUGUGGCAGCCAAUGCCCUGCUGGCGAAUGAUGUUCAAGUUCCACAGGUGGCGUUCUUCAACAACGGAGAGAUCUCGUCGUGGUAUUUUGGAAACUUCAACUCGUUGAUGAGGAGGAGCAGAGAAAGAAUGGCCUCAUGGCAGCUCCUGGAAGAGCUCACCAAGAAGUCAACUACUUCAGACAGGAGAGAUGGGGCCAUUGCCCUCCUCGUCUGCUGCAAGAAUGGAAAGGACCCGUGCACUGAAUCAGUCCAAUGUCGAUUUCUUGACAAGAAACGAUUGGAGAUGAUUCUUUCCGGCGCAAAGUCAAACCAGUUCACUGGAUACAUUGUGAAAUUUCAGAGGGAAAAUCACUCAUCACAUCGCGAGUAUAUCUUGCAAUGUCUUUGGAGUCAACAUUCGUUCUCAGUAGAAUGGGUCAAAGAAUCUGACCUCGAAUGUUUCACUCAGGUUCAUAUUCCUUCCCAUUUCAAUCGAAGCAGCUCCAAACGAUUACAAAGCAAGAUGAGAAUCAAAUAUCACAAGUUUAUUCCAGGUUCCCUGUCAUUGUUCGGCGAUCAUCUGAUCACUGCAAACAAAUUCAAGACUUCUGCGACAGACACCAGCUCUCAAAAACAAGAACCUCCGCCGUUAGAGGAAGAGGAUGUCGUUGUGGACAGUGAGAUCAUUGAUCUCAAGACUAGAGAGCUCUUGAAGUCUGCUUGUCAAAAAAUUGCUGCCACUGUGAUGGAGAACGCGAAUGAAAGCUCUACAGCGAGAGCGAAGGCUGAAUUGGAUGCGAAUCAAUACGGACGAAAUCAAGUUUCCGACUUCAUUUCUCUCGAAACUAUGACAUGUUUCUUCAAAAUAUCCAAGAUGGGAAAACCUGUUCUUCUACAUUGCAGUGCUGCCAUGAGCCACCCUGAGACUACAACGGCCAUUCCUGAAAGUGCAAAGAAUGAGCUGAUGGAUCCGAAGUUUGAAACUUUCCGCUACUUUGCUGCUCUGGGAUCUGAUCAAGUGAGAUUAAGCGGCAUGGGCGAGAGGGCAUUCCUACUUGACUUUACAGAGUUUCUUGCUCUCUUGACUCAGAUCGGUUUGCUCUAUCGAUACACAUCAGUCACAGAUGCUUCUUCCAGCUUCAAACAGGUCUGCAUGACGUCAAGUGUCGAAGAUGGUCAACUAGACUACGCCAAGUACUGUGCCUGCAUGCGUAUUCUGUCUUCAAAGCUCCGGCUGGACAAGGACGAAGCGCAAGAGGUUGCGAGGGAUGACCGGUCAGAAAGAAAUGUGGCGAGAAUGUCUAGCGAAGUGUCGAACAUCUCUUCCAUCAAGGAGGAGAGCUCGUUCAAGGAAGAGGGUCAAGAGCUUCAGGUAGGACUCCAGCAGGUUAAAAAGAGUCAAAAGGUUCAUCGCAAGAGAAUGGGCAGGAUUCUCGCGUCGGCCAUCAUUGCGGCCAACGAGACCGAGGAGUUCGAGAAGCGGGUGGCAGAUCGGGAGGAGAAGUAUCAGAUGCGGAUCGCAGAGUACAGGAAGAAGAUACAGCAGAAAGCUGCUGCAGACAGGAAAGCUGUGGAGCAAAAGUUGGAGCGGGCCCAGCAUAAGGCAGAGGAGAAGCACAGGAUGGCUGAAAUGAAGGCCAAUGAAACUUGGGAGAGAGUACACGAGAAGUGA